AUGGCCACUGCCAGCGUCGAACAUCCCGAUCUUACCAAGGUCUCUAUUCUCGGAAAGGAUUCUAUUCACUGCGGCUUCCAUUUGACACCUUACAUUGCCCACACUGUCCUCACUACCCUCCCUGCAUCUACUUAUGUUCUAAUUACCGACACUCACGUCGCCAAGUUCCAUCUCGCGUCUUUCGAGGCCGCAUUUAACGACGCUUUGGCGGCUAGGCCCGACAACUCUGCCCGAUUCUUGACCCAUGUAAUCCCUCCAGGCGAGACCAGCAAAAGCCGUGAAGGCAAGGCCGAGAUCGAAGACUUCUUGCUCGACAAGUCGUGCACUCGCGACACUGUAAUCCUCGCGCUUGGAGGUGGAGUGAUCGGAGACCUUGUCGGCUUUGUUGCGGCCACCUUUAUGCGUGGUGUGCGCUUCGUUCAGAUUCCUACCACUCUAUUGGCAAUGGUCGACUCCUCUGUUGGGGGCAAGACCGCCAUUGAUACACCUCAUGGCAAGAAUCUUAUCGGAAGCUUCUGGCAGCCAUCCUAUGUUUUCAUCGACGCUGCAUUCCUCGAGACUCUCCCCCAGCGCGAGUUCGUCAAUGGCAUGGCCGAAGUGAUCAAAACCGCCGCCAUUUGGAAUGAAGAUGAAUUCUCGAUGCUCGAGUCUUCGGCGCCUGCGCUCUUUGCUGCCAUUGGCUCAUCCUCAUCCACCACCUCCGCGGGACGAACAAUCGCUACCCGAUCGGAAGCUCAAGCCCUUCUCCUUCACGUCAUCACCGAGAGCAUCGGCGUCAAGGCCCAUAUUGUUACCCUCGAUGAGCGCGAGACUGGCCUUCGCAACCUUGUCAACUUUGGGCAUACCAUCGGCCAUGCUAUUGAAGCAGUGCUUACCCCUACUAUUCUCCACGGCGAAUGUGUUGCUAUUGGAAUGGUUCUCGAGGGCGAAGUUGCCCGGCAACUCGGUGUAUUCAGUCAGGUGGGCGUGGGUCGUAUCACCCGUGCUCUCAAGGCGUACGGUCUGCCCACAUCAACCAAGGACCCACGGAUCGCUGCGGUUCCUGCAUCGCGCCUCUUGACCAUCGACAGGCUGCUUGAUAUCAUGAAGAUCGACAAGAAGAACUCGGGUCCAGAAAAGAAGAUUGUACUCCUUUCGCGGAUAGGUAAAACUUAUGAAGAACGUGCUACGGGCGUCAAGGAUGAAGUCAUUCGCCGCGUGUUGGCCGAAGCCGUUCGUGUUAUCCCGGGCAUCCCGCGCGGCAACCCUGUGCGCAUGAGCACCCCAGGCAGCAAGAGUAUCUCCAACCGUGCACUCGUGCUAGCUGCUCUUGGAAACGGAACCUGCCGUCUUCGAAACCUCCUCCACAGUGACGACACCCAAGUGAUGAUGAGUGCCCUUAUCGAACUGAAGGGGGCUAAAUUCGCAUGGGAAGAUGGUGGCGAAACGCUUGUCGUCACUGGUGGCGGAGGCGCAUUUACAAUCCCCCCUGCUGGCAAGGAGAUCUAUCUUGGAAACGCUGGAACUGCUGCUCGUUUCCUCACUAGUGUCUGUACACUCGUCAAUCCCGAUUCAUCCUCAGCGACUGCAUCAUCCGAAUUCCCCGAGGGCUACACAUUUAUCACCGGCAAUGCUCGCAUGAAACAACGCCCAUGUGGGCCUCUUGUCGAUGCUCUUCGUGCCAACGGGAGCAAAGUCAAGUACAUCGAGAGCGAGGGCUGCUUGCCUCUGCACAUCGGUGCUGGUGGUCUCAAGGGUGGCAAGAUUCAGCUCGCUGCCAGCGUUUCUAGUCAAUACGUCUCGAGUAUCCUCUUGUGUGCUCCUUAUGCCCGUGACGAGGACGUCGUGCUCGAGCUUGUGGGCGGUCAAGUAAUCAGCCAGCCUUACAUCGACAUGACUCUCGCGAUGAUGAAGACUUUUGGUGUCCAAGUCACUCGCCGCAAGGCCGAAGACGGUACUCUUCUUGAUAUCUAUGACAUCCCACGUGCCCAAUACACCAACCCCGAGAAAUACGCCAUCGAGAGUGAUGCCAGCAGUGCCACCUACCCGCUUGCUGUCGCAGCUAUGACCGGUACUACCUGCACGAUCGAAAACAUUGGUACUUCUUCAUUGCAGGGCGAUGCUGGAUUCGCUGUCAAUGUCCUCAAACGUAUGGGCUGCAAGGUCGAGCAAAGCGAGACCGAAACCACCGUUACCGGUCCUCCAGUUGGUCAACUUAAGGCAAUCGGACUGGUCGAUAUGGAAACCAUGACCGAUGCAUUCUUAACUGCUGUGGCCUUGGCUGCAGUCUGCGGAGAAGGGAGCGCUGAAGGCCUCGAAUCGGAUGCACCCAAGAAUACGACUCGUAUCUUGGGAAUUGCCAAUCAACGUGUCAAAGAGUGCAACCGUAUCCGUGCUAUGAUCGACGAGCUUGCCAAGUUUGGUGUUAAGACCAAGGAACUGGACGAUGGUCUAGAAGUGUACGGCCAGCCGAUCGAGACUCUGAACAAGAACGUGUCGGUGCACUGCUACGACGACCACCGCGUGGCGAUGGCCUUCUCUGUUCUGGCCACGGUAGUCCCGGGUACUAUUUUGGAAGAGAAGCGCUGCGUCGAAAAGACCUGGCCAAAUUGGUGGGACGAUCUGACCAAUAAGAUCGGUAUUGAUGUCGAAGGCAUUGAGCUCGCCCACCAAGGGCCAGCUGCCGCCAAAUAUAAUCCCGAGGCCACGAUCAUCAUUGUGGGCAUGCGCGGGGCUGGAAAGACUCACAUUGGUGGCAUCGCCGCUGCAUCAUUGGGCUGGAAAUUCCUCGACGCAGACCACGAAUUCGAAGGCCGCACCGGUGAACCCGUGUCCCAAUAUGUGCGCAGCAAGGGUUGGCCAGCAUUCCGCCAAGCCGAAUCUCAGAUCAUCAAAGAUCUCAUUUCUGAGAAUCCUACGCGUACGAUCAUCUCAACUGGAGGAGGAAUCGUCGAGUCGGCCGCCAACCGCUCCCUCUUGACCGAGUAUGGCCGUGCUACCGGACCCGUGGUAUACGUGAUGCGGGACGUCAACGAAAUCUUGAACUACCUGGGCUCAGAGACGGCUCGUCCUGCUUAUGGUGAAGAAAUCGCGGACGUCUACUGGCGCCGUGAGCCCUGGUUCCGUGAAGUUUCCACCCAUGAGUUUAUCUCCUACACUGGCGGGUUCCAUGCCGCCAAUGGCGCCACUCGCUGUGAAAUCGCCAAGGCCUGCCGUGACGAGACUGCACGUUUCUUCCGUCAGAUUACAGGUAUCAAGCCUAACCUUUCCGAGGCACUCGCGCAAGGAGAACGAUCAUUCUUCCUUUCCCUAACAUAUCCCGACCUGCUUCCUGCCGUACCUUCGAUUCCCCUCUUGACUGCCGGCGCCGAUGCUAUCGAAUUACGUGUAGAUUUGCUGAACCCCAACGGCGACCCGGUUACCGGUGCCCCCAACAUUCCUCCCCUGGACUUUGUUGCCACACAACUAUCUGCCUUGCGCCACACCUCAUCUCUCCCCGUCGUAUUUACCGUCCGUACGGCCUCCCAAGGCGGGGCCUUCCCUGAUACGGCCGAGAAGGAAGCCUUUGCUCUAUAUAACCUCGCGCUCAGGCAUGGUGUCGAGUACGUUGACGUUGAAAUCUCAUGGAGCGAUAAGAAGAUCCACGACCUCGCUGCACGCAAGGGUGCUUCCCAGAUCCUCGCAUCAUGGCACGACUGGAGCGGCAACAUGAAGUGGAACGGGCCGGUGGUCAAGGAAAAGUAUGCCCUCGCUGAACGAGUAGGUGAUAUUGUGAAGAUUGUCGGCAAGGCCAACUCGAUCGAGGACAACUUUGCACUCCGGGCGUUUGCCGCCUCGCAUACUUCCAAGCCUUUCAUUGGCAUCAACAUGGGUGCCGAAGGCCAACUCUCGCGUGUGCUCAAUACUACAUUCACCCCGGUUUCACAUCCACUAUUACCAACCCGUGCCGCUCCGGGUCAGAUGUCGGUUCAAGAUAUCCACACCGCUUUGCACCUGAAUGGCCAACUCCCGGCUCAGAAGUUUUACCUCUUCGGAUCGCCGAUUGCCCACUCGAUGUCCCCUCACCUCCACAACACUGGCUUCGAGAAGCUUGGCCUGCCUCACAAGUAUCAUAUCUUCGAAACCCCAACGAUCACUGACGAAGUCAAGGCCGCGAUUCGGGCUCCGGACUUUGGUGGUGCGAGCGUGACGAUCCCUCUGAAACUCGAUAUCAUCCCUCUGCUCGACGAGGUCUCGCCCGAGGCCAAGGCCAUUGGCGCAGUUAACACCGUCAUUCCACGCAAGCGCGCCGACGGGUCGACCAGCCUGUUUGGUACCAACACCGACUGGCGAGCUAUCCAUGAUCUCGCGCGCAACAACCUUGUGGUCGGCAUCACGGACGAGACGACCGCUCUUGUCCUAGGUGCAGGCGGAACCGCUCGCGCAGCCCUGUAUGCUAUCCAUGCCCUCGGUAUCAAAACGAUCUAUCUCUUCAACCGCACCAGGGCAGCUGCGCAGGCUCUCGCCGAUACGUUCCCAACCUUUGGUAUCAUUCCCCUUGAUUCGCUCGCCUCGUUCCCCAAAGCCGCUCCCACAGUCAUUGUCUCCGCUAUUCCUGCCACGGGUACUACUACCGAACAGGGCAGCAACACGGCCGGUGUGUACCUGCCUGCUACAUUAUUCAAGGCACCAUCUGGCGUUGUCGUCGAAAUGGCGUACAAACCGGCUGUGACGCCUGUACUGGGAUUGGCUGCCAAGGCUUCCGGAUGGGUGGGCGUGCGUGGGGUGGACAUUCUGUGUGAACAAGGAUUCUAUCAGUAUGAGGCAUGGACUGGACGAAAAGCUCCUCGGGCAGCGAUGAAAGCCAAGGUGAUUUCGUUGUAUGAUAGCCAACAGUGA